CUCAGCUGACAGUUCUGGAGACGGAAGAGGCGGUGCUCAGGUGCUGCGGCUGGUCUGCAGGCCUGGCCGGCAAGCGUCUGCCGAGGCCCAGUCAAGGGCAUCCUGCGGAACUUUAGGGCCCCGCUCGGCCCAGCGGCCGGAAGGUGAAGACGUUACGCGUUUUAUGCCCAGAGACAGUCCAGAGAAGAGCCCAGGCUGACAUCUGUCUAGUUUUGAUUAGUGAAGUAGUACUAAGACUUGCUUCAGGUGGUUGUGGCGUCUAGCGUCAGUUAGUGCACCGAAAGGGCUUAGCCCAGUGCCUGACACCGAUGGCAGGAUUUCUGUAGUAUAUCGGAUGCAAAUCCCACAUCUUGGUUUCUUAUCCAGCAUCAGUCUAACUUCACUGGCUAGAAAAUAAAUGGGAUUUGCACAAAUUCCAAGCCAAAGUGAAAUACAGAUUGCAGCAGCAUUAAUAUCCUUUUCUCCUGGUUGUUACUAACAGCAAGUUCAAUGUCGGCAGAAGACCUGGAAGCCCAGGAGGAUGAACUACUGGCCCUGGCGAGUAUUUAUGAUGCGGAUGAGUUUAGAAAAGCUGAGUCUGUCCAAGGAGGAGAAACCAGGAUCUAUUUGGAUCUGCCACAGAAUUUCAAGAUAUUCGUGAGCGGCAAUUCAAAUGAGUCUCUCCAGAAUAGUGGCUUUGAAUACACCAUUUGCUUUCUGCCACCACUUGUGCUGAACUUUGAACUGCCACCAGAUUAUCCAUCCUCCUCCCCACCUUCAUUCACACUUAGUGGCAAAUGGCUGUCACCAACUCAGCUCUCUGCUCUCUGCAAGCACCUAGACAACCUGUGGGAAGAACACCGAGGCAGAGUGGUCCUGUUUGCCUGGAUGCAGUUUCUUAAGGAGGAGACCCUCACCUACCUGAAUAUUGUCUCUCCUUUUGAGCUCAAGAUGGGGUCUCAGAAAAAAGCUCAGAGAAGGGCAACAGCCCAGGCCUCUUCCAGCACAGAGCUUGGUGUGGGAGGAGCUGCUGCGGCAGAUGUAGACCAAGAAGAAACUGUGGAUGAGAGAGCUGUACAGGAUGUGGAAUCACUGUCGACUCUGAUCCAGGAGAUCUUGGACUUCAACCAAGCUCGGCAGACGAAGUGCUUCAAUAGUAAACUGUUCUUGUGCAGUAUCUGUUUCUGUGAGAAGCUGGGUAGUGAUUGUAUGUACUUCUUGGAGUGCAAACAUGUAUACUGCAAAGCCUGUCUGAAGGAUUACUUUGAAAUCCAGAUCAAAGAUGGUCAAGUUAAAUGCCUCAACUGUCCAGAACCACAGUGCUCUUCAGUGGCUACUCCUGGUCAGGUCAAAGAGCUGGUAGAAGCAGACUUGUUUGCUCGCUAUGACCGUCUCCUCCUGCAGUCUACCUUGGAUCUAAUGGCAGAUGUGGUGUAUUGUCCCCGUCCGUGCUGCCAGCUCCCUGUGAUGCAAGAGCCUGGUGGUACCAUGGCUAUCUGCUCCAGCUGCAAUUUUGCCUUCUGUACCUUAUGCAGACUGACCUAUCACGGGCUUUCUCCAUGUAAGGUAACUGCAGAGAAAUUAAUAGACUUACGAAAUGAAUACCUACAAGCAGACGAAGCCACUAAACGGUUCUUGGAACAGAGGUACGGCAAGAGAGUGAUUCAGAAGGCCCUAGAGGAGAUGGAAAGUAAAGACUGGCUGGAAAAGAACUCCAAGAGCUGCCCUUGCUGCGGCACACCCAUCCAGAAACUAGACGGCUGCAACAAGAUGACCUGCACUGGCUGUAUGCAGUAUUUCUGCUGGAUUUGCAUGGGUUCUCUCUCUCGAGCAAAUCCUUACAGACAUUUCACUGAUUCUGAGUCUCCAUGCUUUAACAGGUUGUUCCAUGCUGUGGAUAUUAAUGGUGAUAUGUGGGAAGAUGAAAUUGAGGAGGAUGACGACGAUGAAGACGACGAUGACGACUAGUUCAUUCCUUCUGUUCACAAUAUAGAAGUGGAAUGGUUUGCCCUGAUCUUCUGUCAAGUACACAAAGAGAUCUUACAGGAUAUUUAGGGUGCCAUCUAUUCACUCUUCCAGUGUAGAAGGAAGAACAGGGUUUAUAUUUUCCUUUGGUUCUACUGAUUAAGGCACAUACAUUUUCCAUGUAACAUAAUCUGAUAAAAUUAUAUGCCAAAGGAUCAGAAAUGAAAACUAUAGGAGAUUAAAUAUAAUAUGCCCAGACUGAAUAGUUAAAAAGUAAAUAUUUAUUUUCUCCCCCAAGCUUUAGGUUAGGGAGAGGUCCAGAGUUAAGCUUUUAGACCAUGUCCAAGAAGCCUCACGUUGUUGGAGCACUCUCAGUUCCAUCCCUCAGCUGGGGACAGUCACAGCCCCAGCCACUGUCCUGAGAACCUGAUCCAUUCUCCGUACACUGCUCACUCCCAUCCGUGCUGUGGAGGAGCCUCUGCUCUGUAACUGACCAGUUGUCCCAGUGUCGUUCUGUUUUACUGCUUGCCAGAAUAGAAGUCUAUAGUACAUUAAAAGUAUUUUUAGUGCCACAAUCCCUGUGGGUCUCUUAUAUUUAUGAAUAGUGUAUUGAAUCCACUGUUUUAGAGCCAAAUGUAGAAUUUAGGAUUCUGGCUCAGAAUUCCUUCAGAGUCAGAGCUGUCUCUGCCCCGUUGUAUUCUCAACUUUCUCCCUUUGCCUCCCACCUCUUGUGGACAAGGACAGUUUUAAUGUUGAUCCCAGCAGUGUGUGUCUUUAUUUCCUCGCUAGAAUAGAAAAGAGCCCAGUAUAUUCCUCAUGAAUGCUCUCUAAACCUGUGAAGAGCAUCAUAGUUCUACCCCGACCCUCUGAAGCCUCGGGUCCUCUCUAGUCACCUACAGGAACUGGGCUUCCUCCCGCCCCUCUUCAACAGCAGUGUUUCGAGUGAUAAUAGUAGCUUCAUAGCUGGAUUCCUAAUUCUGAGUUUUACUGGCUUUUUGAAGAACUGUCUUCUUCAUGAUUCGGUAAGUGGCUUGGAAGUCACUUGGUGGAUGUUUUGAAGGGACAGUAAUUCACCUGUAGCUUGUGAACAUGUGUUUUCUACUUUGACACUGAAAAUUGCUUAACUGUCAGUUCAGACUGCUUCUGGAUUGUCAAUGAGUGCUUAAUCUUAACAAUAAAGUAAUUUAAAACCAUCCUGUAA